UUUUUUUGUAUCGAAGGAAUCAACAGCCGCCAUCUUGUCGCGGCUUGGAAAUCAGGAUUUCGAUACGGCGCUAUUUUUUAAUUUCGAUACAGCGCGUCAGAGUCGACGUUUAACGACAACUUUUGUCCCAAUACACCGCUGUUGAAUCGCGACGAAGCUUAUUUUGGCGAAAAAUACUGGAUUUCAUCGGCAUUUCGACGGCCACGAAGCCCCCUUUUCGCCUUAUUACCUUUGAUUUCCCCGUUCGGUCCGUGUCGUUUAAACCGAGAGAGGGGGAGCCGUCGGACGGCAGACAGCACCGAACGGACGUUUGCACAAAAUAACAAGUAACAUUACGAUGCAUUUGUGCAUUUUUAAAUCGGUUUCGGAUGUUUUUUUGCACGUAUUUUUUGACGUCAGAGGAGAGGUUUUGAUGAGGAUGCACAUUUAAGAACGUCGUGACGAAGGAGAUUCCCUCUGGAAUAUAAACAUUUACACACACAACACAACACAAAAAAAAACAUUUAAACCCUAUUUUUCUUGAAAGGAUCUAUUUUUUUUUCUCCGAAGCUAAUUUAACGACGAUAAUGUGGGUGUUGGGUGUUGGAUUAUCAUGGGGUAAAUGGCGGUGGCGCUGUUGGUACUUUUUUGAGAAUUCCUCCUCCUCCUCCUCCUCGCUGCUAGCUUAGCUAAUUAGCAACAGCCUGAAACGUAUAAACAAAGUGAAUUACGUGGUGCGUUCCUAUUAUUCGCGCCUCGAAAGGAUUCCCAGAGUGAUUAUUUUGCUACGUUUAAUCUGUAAGAAAUGGCUGAAAACCUCCUUGAUACCGGACCUCCGAACGCGAAGAGGCCGAAGAUGACAGCACCUGCCUCAGACGGGCCAGAGUUGAGCUCACUGUCAUGGGACGACCUGGAGAGCAACCUUCCGGAUGAGUUGAUUCCAAGUGGCCCAAAUGGAGACCUCAGUCUGAUGCCCAUGCCCUCGAACGGUGGCAGUGCGGGCACGGCGGGGCUGGCAGAUGCUGCUGCUAAACACAAGCAGCUCUCUGAGCUCCUGCGAGCAGGAAGCGGCGCCAGCCUCAAUUCGGCAGCUCUGAACUCGUCUAGCCCGGGACCCGGGGGAGGCAUGGGGCCUCAGCUGGGUGCACUGGGUAAGAGUCCGCUGGGCCAAGGAUCUCCCUCGCACGCCUCCCCAACGCCAAAAUCAGCAGGAACCGCACCAGGCACACCGGGGAAUGGCGGCAUGGGCCUGAACGCUGGCUUCAACCAAGCCAUGUUGAACAAUGGCAUGAUGGCACAGAGCACAGCCGCUCAGCAGCAAGGCCAGGUGAUGAACGGAACGUUGGGGCCGGGCGGGCGUGGCAGGGGUGCACCAGGCAUGCAGUACCAGGGGCCGGGGUCUGUAGGGCAGCAGGUGGCGGCAGCAGCAGGGGCAGCACCAGGAGGAGCAGGCAGCAUGCUGGCAGAGACACUGACGCAGGGGGCACAGCAGAUGGGCAUGAGCGCUCAACAAGCGGGCAACAUGAACAAGAUGGGCAUGGCUGGCAGCGGUAGUCCCUUUAGUCAGUACCAGGCAGGCGGGCAGCAGUUAGCAGCGGCAGGUGUAAACGCCCAGCUGCAGAACAAAGCAUCGCUGGCAAACAGCCUGCCAGCUUUCAGCGCCGAUCUGAAGGGAGCUGUCGUUCCGAACAUGCCUCAGGCACAGCAGCAGGUGGCAGUGGGAAUGGUUGGGUGUCAGGGUGUUCCUGCAGGUCCCACGGCUGACCCGGAGAAGCGCAAGCUGAUCCAGCAGCAGCUGGUCCUGCUGCUCCAUGCACACAAGUGCCAGCGGCGUGAGCAAGCCAACGGUGAGGUACGGGCCUGCGCCCUACCCCACUGCAGGACCAUGAAGAACGUCCUCAACCAUAUGACCCACUGCCAGGCCGGCAAGUCCUGUCAGGUGGCUCACUGUGCAUCCUCGAGGCAAAUUAUUUCUCACUGGAAGAACUGCACACGGCACGACUGCCCCGUCUGCCUCCCGCUGAAGAAUGCCAGUGACAAGCGUAACCAGCAGCCUAUGAUGACGUCUCCGAAUGCGGGCCUGCAGACGGCAAUAGGUCCGGUGGGCUCUGGUCAGAACACAGCUCCGGCCCUUAAUGCCCCGGCUCCUAUAGACCCAAGCUCCAUGAAGCGAGCAUAUGCUGCUCUUGGCCUCCCUUACAGCAACCAGAGCCCUGCACAGACACAAGCGCCUACUGCUCAGCCCACGCAGACGCAACACCAGCACCUGAGGCCGCUGAAUGCGCUCGGUACUAACCAGAUGAGCAUUAGCGGCGGGGCGAUGGGCGUGCCCACAUCAGAUCAAGCUAAACUGCAUCCCGAUGGCAACAUGCCAUCCACUCUCAACGCCAAUCAGCUGAUGUCAGACAGCUCGUCAGUAGGAGCUCUGGGUAACGUGCCCACGGCGGCACCACUGUCGGCCAGCGGCGUGAGAAAAGCCUGGCAUGAACAUGUCACUCAGGACCUCCGCAACCACCUCGUCCAUAAAUUAGUGCAGGCUAUCUUUCCUACACCGGACCCCGCGGCUCUGAAAGAUCGGCGCAUGGAGAACCUGGUGGCGUAUGCGCGGAAGGUGGAAGGAGACAUGUACGAGUCGGCCAAUAGCAGAGAUGAGUACUACCACUUCCUAGCAGAGAAGAUUUACAAGAUCCAGAAGGAGCUGGAGGAGAAGAGGCGUUCCCGACUCCAGAAGCAAAUCAUUACACAGGCACCGAUGACUGCACCAGGGGCACAGCAGCCUGCUCUGAACCAACCCAACUCUCUGGGACCCAGGCCUCAGAAUGGACCCGUGCCUAUGCCCAGUGUUCCAAAUCAGAUGAUUAACCGCAUGCAGGUCCCCCAAGGGAUGAGCCAGUAUCCACUGUCCAUGCAGAAUGUUCAGAUGUCUCAGGCUCCACUGGCCACUCGGGCAGCUUCCCCGAUGAGUCACGCACAACAAAUUAACAUGAGCUCUGUUCCUCAGAUCGGCAUGUCACCCACACGGAUGGCUCCAGCGCAGGGCAUGAUGGGACCUCACGGUGGGAACAUGGUGCCACAAGCAGCAAAUCAGCAGCAGUUUAUCCCGCAGUUUUCCGCCAAUGCUAACGCUAUGAAUGUCAACAUGGGCCAGCCCAACACGCAGGCAGCUGUCCCUCAGCAGACACAGAACCUCCCUCUGAAUGCACUCAGCUCUUUAGGCUCUCAGAUGAACUGCCCCGCACCUCCCCAGGCCCCUCUUGGUACCACUCCACCCCCUAGUGCAGGAGCCCCUAGCACUAACCUGCCACCACUGCAGGCUAACCAGGCCGGCACGCCCAACCCCGGCCCGGCACAGAGCACGCCUCCACACACACAGUCUCAGACAGAGCUGCCUGCUCUCCCACAGCCCCAUCCAGGCACACCGAGCGCUGAUAACCGAGUCCCCACUCCGGCAUCGGCGACAAGUGCUGACCUACACACACAACAUGCCGUGCCCGAGCUGCCUGCUGCGGUCGAGCCCAAAGCAGAGCCCAAACAAGAAGAGCAGGACUUUGAGUCCAGCGCUGGUCAAAAUGAACCCAAGAUGGAGGUGGAAGACAAUACUGGCCCUCCGAUCAAGAAGGAGGAGCCAGAGAGCUUAGAGGUCAAGCCGGAGCCGAUGGAAACGGAAGAUAAAAAGACGGACGUUAAGGCGGAGACCAAAGAGGAGGACGAAAACAGUGCGACUGGCACUGCAUCGUCCUCACCAUCGCAGUCUCGCCGGAAAAUCUUUAAACCGGAAGAGCUGAGGCAGGCACUAAUGCCUACACUGGAGUCUUUAUACAGACAGGACCCUGAGUCUCUGCCCUUCCGCCAGCCUGUGGAUCCCAUACUGCUGGGUAUCCCGGAUUACUUUGACAUUGUAAAGAAUCCCAUCGACCUGUCCACCAUAAAGCGCAAGCUAGACACGGGGCAGUACCAGGAGCCGUGGCAGUAUGUGGAAGACGUGUGGCUCAUGUUCAACAACGCCUGGUUGUACAACAGAAAGACGUCACGCGUCUACAAGUACUGCUCCAAGUUGGCUGAGGUAUUCGAGCAGGAGAUUGACCCGGUCAUGCAGGGCCUUGGAUACUGCUGCGGCCGGAAGUACGAAUUUUCCCCUCAAACCCUGUGCUGCUAUGGCAAGCAGCUCUGCACCAUUCCCCGCGAUGGCACCUACUACAGCUACCAAAACAGGUAUCACUUUUGUGAGAAGUGCUUCAACGAGAUUCAGGGAGACAGCGUGACGCUGGGCGACGAUCCCGCACAGCCUCAAACGAUGAUUUCCAAGGAUCAGUUUGAAAGAAAGAAGAACGAUACACUAGACCCCGAGCCAUUUGUUGAAUGUAAAGAUUGUGGACGCAAGAUGCAUCAGAUAUGCGUCCUUCAUUAUGAAGUCAUCUGGCCCUCGGGCUUUAUUUGUGAUAACUGUUUGAAGAAGAGUGGGAAGACGCGGAAGGAAAAUAAGUUCUCAGCAAAAAGACUGCAAGUGACACGGUUAGGCACAUAUAUAGAGGACCGAGUGAAUAAGUACUUGAAGAGACAGAACCACCCAGAAGCUGGCGAGGUGUUCGUGCGAGUGGUGGCCAGUUCAGACAAAACGGUGGAAGUCAAACCCGGCAUGAAGGCCAGGUUUGUAGACAAUAACGAGAUGUCUGAGAGCUUCCCCUACAGAACCAAAGCACUUUUUGCCUUCGAGGAGAUCGACGGUGUCGAUGUAUGUUUCUUUGGCAUGCACGUGCAGGAGUACGGCUCAGAGUGUCUUUUCCCCAACACCAGACGGGUAUACAUAUCAUACCUUGACAGUAUUCACUUCUUUAAACCUCGUGUGCUUCGGACGGCAGUUUAUCACGAGAUCCUCAUCGGUUAUCUGGAAUACGUCAAGAAAUUAGGGUAUGUGACGGCACAUAUUUGGGCAUGUCCUCCGAGCGAAGGUGAUGACUACAUCUUUCACUGUCACCCUGCCGACCAGAAGAUCCCCAAACCUAAGCGUCUGCAGGAAUGGUACCGAAAAAUGUUGGACAAGGCCUUUGCAGAGAGGAUACUCCAUGAUUACAAGGACAUCUUCAAACAAGCAACGGAGGACCGUUUGACGAGUGCAAAUGAGCUGCCUUACUUUGAGGGUGAUUUCUGGCCUAAUGUUUUGGAGGAGAGCAUUAAGGAGCUGGAGCAGGAGGAGGAGGAGAGGAAGAAAGAGGAGAACACUGCGGCAUGUGAAACUCCAGAGGGAACGCCAGGGGACAGUAAAAAUGCCAAGAAAAAGAACAAUAAGAAAACCAACAAGAAUAAGAGCAGCGUGAGUCGAGCCAAUAAGAAGAAACCUGGGAUGCCGAAUGUAGCCAAUGACCUAUCCCAGAAACUCUACGCCACCAUGGAGAAACACAAAGAGGUUUUCUUUGUAAUUCACUUGCACUCUGGGCCAAUGAUGAACACUUUGCCGCCCAUAAUGGACCCUGACCCGCUGCUCUCCUGCGACCUGAUGGACGGGCGAGACGCGUUCCUGACGCUGGCGCGGGAUAAGCACUGGGAGUUCAGCUCACUUCGUCGGUGCAAGUGGAGCACCAUGUGUAUGCUGGUAGAGCUACACAACCAGGGCCAGGACCGCUUCGUCUACACCUGCAAUGAAUGCAAGCACCACGUGGAGACUCGCUGGCACUGCACCAUCUGCGAGGACUUUGACUUGUGUAUCAACUGCUAUAACACUAAGGGACAUGAACAUCAGAUGGUCAAGUGGGGUCUCGGUCUGGAUGACGACAGCAACAGCCAGAGUGGUGAGGCCUCCAAGAGCCCACAGGAGAGCCGGCGUCUGAGCAUCCAACGCUGCAUACAGUCUUUGGUGCAUGCCUGCCAGUGUCGCAAUGCCAACUGCUCUCUUCCAUCCUGCCAGAAGAUGAAGCGUGUGGUGCAGCAUACUAAGGGCUGUAAGCGUAAGACCAACGGUGGCUGCCCUGUCUGCAAACAACUUAUCGCGCUUUGCUGUUACCAUGCCAAGCACUGCCAGGAGAAUAAGUGCCCUGUGCCCUUCUGCCUCAACAUCAAGCACAAGUUGCGACAGCAACAGCUUCAGCAUCGCCUUCAGCAGGCCCAGAUGAUGCGACGGCGCAUGGCCACCAUGCAAGGCCGUGCCGUACCCCAAAGCCUGCCAUCCCCUCCACCUUCUGCAGCUCCAGGCACGCCCACAGCACACCAGCAGCCGCAGCAACAGCCAAACACGCCCCAAACACCACAGCCUCUCCUUUCCAGCCAGCCGACCACACCCAAUGCUGGCGUCAUGUCUCCGACUUAUCCUACCGCUCCCCGCAAUGGCCAACAAGUGUCCCAAGGUAAACCGGGUGCCCAGGCUUCACCUCUGCACCAGCAGCCAUCUCCACUCCCUCAGCCCCAACCACAGCAGCAGCAUCCGCAACCACAGCAACAACCGCCACAGCAGCCGCAACAGCAUCCGCCACCUGGCGCUGUCCAAAUGGCACGGAAGAUUGAGAUGAUGGCACAGGCCCAACAGAACCAGAACUAUCGCAUGGCUGUAAAUGGUUUGGCCAUAAACCACCAGCAACAGCAGCAGCGUAUGCCUGGUGCCAUGCAGCCUCCUAUGCAGAUUGUGGGACCUCGGGGGCAGCAGGUCAUGCAAGGUAUGCCACCAGGCCAGUGGCCACAAGCAGGAAUGCAACCUGGAAUGCAAACAGGAAUGCAGCAAGCAGCUCAACCGCAGCAGCAGCAGCAGGCACCGCAAGGUCCACAGCAUGUCGUGCCAAUGCAGAGGCCCAUGAUGCCUCAGCAGCCUCCGCAACGCAUGAUGGUGCCUGCGCAGGGCCAACGGCCACCUCAAGCACCCCAGAGACCUCCAGCCAUCGCACCAAAUGCCCUGCAAGACCUCCUUCGUACACUCAAGUCUCCCAGCUCGCCACAACAACAGCAGCAAGUGCUUAACAUCCUCAAGUCCAACCCCCAACUCAUGGCAGCCUUCAUCAAGCAGAGGACGGCGAAGUACGCCAGCCAGCCGCAACAACAACAGCAGCAGCAGCAGCAACAACAAGGCAUGCAACCUACAAUGCAAGCCAUGGCAGCCAUGCAGGGUGUCCAAAGGCCUGGCAUGCAACCCCAACAACCUCAACAGCCAAACACACAAGGCAUGGCAGCUCUCGGACCAGGGCAGGGACAACUCAUGAACCCUGCGCAUGCUGAGAUGUACCGUCGCCAGAUAUUGCGGCAGCAGCAGCAGCAGGGCGUGAUGCCUCAAGCACAUGGCCAGUUCCCUCAAGGGCAGGGUGCUGCACCCAGCUACUCGCAACUCCGCAUGCAACACCAGCAACUUACGGCGAUGCAAGGCGCUGGCGGACCAAUGAGCCAACUUCCGCCAAUGCCACAAAUGGGGCAGCCAGGUUUGGGAAUGGAUGGCACGCAGAACUUACUCCACCAACGCAUACUCCAACAACAACAGCAGCAGCAGCAGCAACAGCAGCAGGCCGUCCUCAAGCCCCAGAUAGGCUCACCGGCACCACCAAAUCCUAUGAGCCCUCAAGGUCACCUGCUACCUGGACAGCCCAUGCCAGGCAACACACUGGGUAGCCAGGUUCGCUCUCCAGCACCAGUGCAGUCACCACGUCCUUCGUCACAGCAGCACUCCAGCCCCUCACCGCAGGUCCAGCCUCAGCCCUCGCCCCACUCCGCCUCGCCUCACCCUGGCCUGGGCACACCCAUGCCUGCGGGCAACACCCUGGAGCAGCAGGGGCACCUGGGCACCCCGGAGCAGAGCACUAUGCUCUCGCAGCUUAACGCUCCUGGCCGUGGUGGCCUACCGACCGACCUAGGCAUGGUUGGAGAUGCCACAGGAGACACGUUGGAGAAAUUUGUGGAGGGGUUGUAGCAUUUAUCAACCCCCAAAAAUGCUCCCACCCUUUUCUUAUUUUUGCCUCCUCCUUUGUUUUCCCCUCACAUGUCCCUCUAUAAAUAUUUUUUUUUGUACUGACAUGUAAAAAGUUCCUGAAAUGUAAUAAGAAGAAAAAAAUAAUAAAAUCAGCAAAUGCUAGGAAUGUUGUUUCCUAAAGACUGAGAUUUCUUCCUUUGAGUUGAGGGAUUAGAAAAUGUGUUGUUUAAAAUGAUUUAAAUUGCAAAGAAUAUAUUUUUUUGGUUCGGACCAUAUGUGGUCUUUUUUUUCUUUCUUUUAUUUUUUGGUGUUUUUGUUUUCAGGGUUUUUUUGGGGUAUGGUUUCAUGCCUGCUUUUUUAAAAAAAAAAAAUUUACAAAGGUUCAUUAUAUUAUUCAUGCAUUUUUAUUUUGUACCCUGUCUAACUUCAAGAACAUUUGUGUUUAAAGACUGUAAAAUAAUUUGUCUGGGAAUUUGGGCAACGCUUUUUCUGCUCUCAUCUUUCCUGGCGAUCGUAUUCUAGUGUUGUACUGUUUGUUUUUUCUUUUUUCUUUUGUCCCCCCCAUUCUUUCCGAUCUACGUUUUGGAGGAAAUACUCUUAUUCCUCGUUGUGAAGUCUUUUUGAGGAGAAAAAUAUUUGUUUGUGCUGAUGGGUAUCACUUGGCAUACAUAAAUACAAAUACACGCAUACAACACAGCGCAUCUCAAACACAGUACGGCAACAUACCCGAAUGGAUUUGCAAAACCAGAUGACAUCUCACUGGCCUGGACCCAGAGUUUCUGUCUUGCAGAUGUAGAAAAUUGUUGCUUUUUGUCCUAAUUUUGUGAUACAGAUCUAUAAGUAUAAAGUGAGCGAGAAGGGAGGCCCCUGAGCUGAGUGGGUUUGGAAUGAGUGAUCACUGGUUGACUGCUUUUUGGAACACUGAGAGGUCUGCUAUCGACCCUCAUUCCUCUCACACACAAACUUGAACUGGGGCUCCACUUUUCCCUCUUAAUGUAAAUCAUGCAAGUUAUUAAGCAAAAUACUAUAAAUAUAAGGAAGAGAGAAUGGAAUCACUGUAUAAACUGGUUAAAAACUUAUUUCUUACUUAUAUACCAUAUUGUUUAAUAAACUGUGUGCAACAGAUCAAA